AUGGACUGCCGGCGCCGGAGGCCUGGAACAGAUUCCUACCUUGUGCCGGCGCCGUUCAGCUCAGCGGCUCGUGCAGUUCAGCUUCUUUGCCUGGUUUGGGCCACCGUCGCGCUUGCCAUGCACCCGGAGUGGCAGGACCACGCGCGCCGGGAGGUCGUCGCCGUCUGCGGCCGCCGUGGCCUCCCCACCAAGGACCACGGCCACCUCCCCAAGCUUAAGACACUCGGCAUGAUCGUGAACGAGACGCUGAGGCUGUACCCGCCGGCCGUGGCGAUGGUCCGAAGGCGAAGCGGGACGUGGAGCUCGGAGGGUGCGUGGUGCCGGCGGGCACGGAGAUCAUGAUCCCGAUCAUGGCCGUGCACCACGACGCGACGGUGUGGGGCGCCGACGCCACCGAGUUCAACCCCGCGCGGUUCGCAGAGGACGGCGACCGGCCACGGCAUCCGAUGGCGUUUAUGCCGUUCGGCGGCGGCGCGCGGGUGUGCAUCGGGCAGAACCUGGCGCUGAUAGAGGCCAAGGUCGCGCUGGCCGUCGUUCUGCAGCGGUGCGAGUUCCAGCGUAUGUGCACGCACCCAGGGUGCUCAUGAUAGACAAGCCGCAGUACGGUGCGCCGGUCAUCUUCCGGCCGUUUUGACCCACCGCGAUCUCGCAGCGGAUCUCAGAAAUCCAAAUAGGAUUCAAUUAAUUCCUUCCUGUAAAUUAUCAUCCCCCAUUGUCAACUGCAAGUAUAUAUAAGUAUACCAUAAGUGACAGGUAUCAGACAUA